AAACCUCGCGAUAUUUGAAUUUGAAGGCGGCUUGUGGGCCCGUCUCUUCUGCACAGGAACGCUGCUCCUGACAUUUGAAUGAAAAACAUCCUCCCGAGAGCGCAAAACGAUGGCUUCGGCUCUGGAGCAGUUCGUGAAUAACGUGCGGCAACUCUCCGCUCAAGGUCAGAUGACUCAACUGUGUGAGCUGAUCAAUAAAAGUGGCGAGCUUCUGGCCAAGAAUCUCUCCCAUCUGGACACUGUUCUUGGAGCGCUGGACAUCCAGGAACAUUCCCUCGGGGUUUUAGCUGUCCUGUUUGUGAAGUUUUCCAUGCCAAGCAUCCCUGAUUUUGAGACCCUGUUUUCCCAAGUCCAACUCUUCAUCAGCACCUGCAAUGGAGAGCACAUCCGAUACGCCACAGACACAUUUGCUGGGCUGUGCCACCAGUUGACAAACGCCCUUGUAGAAAAAAAACAGCCCUUACGUGGAAUAAGUACACUUAAACAGGCCAUAGACAAGAUGCAGAUGAACACAAACCAGCUUACCUCAGUGCACGCAGACCUGUGUCAGGUGAGUCUGAAAGCAAUAACCACUCCGGCGAUGGCUGUCAGUCACAUCAUGUUAGAAGCAUACAAGAAGUACAUCCUGGUGUCCCUCAUCCUUCAUGGCAAAUUACAGCAGCUCCCCAAAUACACAUCACAGAUCGUGGGCCGCUUCAUCAAGCCCCUCAGUAAUGCUUACCACGAGCUGGCUCAGGUCUACGCCACCAACAACCCCUCCGAGCUGCGCACUGUGGUCAACAAACACAGCGAGACGUUUGCACGAGACAGCAACACCGGCCUGGUCAAACAGUGCCUGUCCUCGCUCUACAAGAAAAACAUUCAGAGGCUCACCAAGACGUUCUUGACGUUAUCCUUACAAGACAUGGCGAGUCGAGUUCAGCUCUCCGGCCCUCAAGAAGCCGAGAAAUACGUCCUAUAUAUGAUCGAGGAUGGAGAGAUUUAUGCAAAUAUUAACCAGAAAGAUGGCAUGGUCUGUUUCCAUGACAACCCUGAGAAAUACAACAACCCUGCGAUGCUCCACAAAAUCGACCAAGAGAUGCUGAAAUGUAUAGAGUUGGAUGAAAAACUAAAGUCCAUGGAUCAAGAAAUCACUGUAAACCCCCAGUUCGUGCAAAAGAGUAUGGGAAUGCAAGAGGAUGACGUCGGCAGCAAGACGUCGAGCUACUCUUGAGACCGUUGGGCGGAUCGCUGCUUUACUCGCAUCCCCUUCCUCAUCCCAAAGCUGGAAGACCUUCAUGAAAGCAAAAUCAGUUUGAAUGUGGACUAUAUUGGAGGAAAACAUAAAUGUGUGGAAUGACCUUUUCUUUUUGGUUCUGUCACCGCGCACCCUAAACAAGAACUCCUUUUUGUCAGUGUUUAUUUAUCAGUGCUUGGUUGGCGUACUGGUCAUACAAAUAAAGAUACUGGACUCCUUCGUUCAAACGAGUUGUGGAGAUCACAUCUGUAUGCUCGUCUUUAUUGCAACACCACAGAAUGAAAUAAAGAAACCAUCUUAAGAU